UGUGUAAAUAUCGCAUGACUUUAAUGGCAAUCAUUUGAUGACUUGUGAGACCAACUCUACGGUGAUGUCUAUCUAUUCAUUGAUACGAUUGCAUCGUUUGCACAGAUUGUCUGUCAAAUUAUUUAAUAAUACUUUUAAUAAUUUUGUCUCAAAUGACAUCACAAGUUGUCGAUCACUGAAGACAUCCUCAACUUUUCUUAACACUUCUUCGGCAGUCAUCAACUCAUCAACAGAUGUCAAUCAAUUCAAUCACAACCGAGACUUUCGCAAAGAGUUUUUGCAAAAUAUAUUUGUUUUAUCGCAAAACGUAUUGAAAGGCAAACGAAAUAUUAAUGAAUUAAUUGAAGAAAAAGAUUUGCAAAACAUUUGUAAAACAAUUGAAGAUAAUGUCAAAUAUCUGAGAAAUUAUGAACUCAUCAAUGGUUUGCAUUCAUUUCUUGAGAUGGGUUUGCGUCCGACAACUAGUAUUAUUCAACAUUUAGAGAAUGAGAUCCUCUGGAGAGCCAAAGAUAUGUCACUAAAUAAUUUACUGACGUGUCUAUCAUUUCACGUCAGAUUUCAAACCACUGAACAACAAUUGAAAGUUGUUAACGAAUUGAUCAUCAAUUUAGUCAUUAAGAUAGACAACGCCGAGAAUGAUGAAGAUAUUAUACAAAUGUUAUGUCUUUGGCAAUCAUUGAGUCCUGAAAUUAUCACUCGUAUGGAACUAAUAGCUAUUGAAAUGAUUGGUCGCACAGAUGAAGAUCAUUUCAAAUUGCAUUCGUUAUCUUAUUUAUUGGUAUUAUUAGCAAAAAUGAAUAGACGAACCAAACCAUUAAUAGAUGCAAUUGUUAAUCGAUUUAAUUAUCUAACUAUUGAUCCAAACAAUUAUAACGAAAGAUUUUUGAUUCGUAUGGUAUCUGCUCUCAAACAACUCAAUUAUAUUGACGUUAAAUUUUUGAAGAAGUCUUCAGAUUUAUUAUGCAAUAAGAAAUUUUUAAAUUCUGUUCGACCGUCCGAUCGAAGAGAUUUAUUGGUUUCUAUAAGUCACUCAAACUGGUCGUAUCCGAGACUUAUGGAUGAAUAUAUUGAGAAGAUUAUGAACACCAACAAUGAUUUUAGUGCUCAGGAUUUUCUGGUAUUUGUGUCGAGUGCUGCCCGACUCAAUUUCCACUCGCCAUCCAUGAACCAGAUUUUGAACAAUUAUAUCAUCCCAUUAGUUAAUCGUUAUGAUAUGGACAGUGAUUCAUGGCUUCUUUAUGUUUGGUCGCUCUCUAUUUUGGGUUGUCUACCAAUAAAUCAUUUAAAUUCUGUAAUGAAUUCUGAUUUUUAUAAUCAACUGUUGAGUUCAUGUCAGACCUACGAAGGAAGCGAUACAUCAAUCAAUUAUAAACAAGUUAUGCAAACUUUAAAAUUAUUAAACAUAAAAGGCGUCGCAGAGAUUGAAAUGAACCAAAAGAUUGAUUUUGAAUCAGUUUUGAUGAAAGACUAUGAAGUGGCCAAAAGGGAAAACUCGACGGAAAAGUUCAAACAAUAUGUCCUCCAAAUGUUGGUUUCUUAUAUGUCUGACAUAAAAACCAAUGUUUUGACACCUUAUGGUUUUGCCAUUGACGCUGAAUUUAUAGCAAACAAAGAUAAUGAAUGUCUACCAAUUAAAGAGUUUGGUGUCUUAGCGGGUGAUCCAUCCAAUGAUGUUAAGCAAUUGCCAUCUGGUUUUAAGAGAUGCGCUCUCAUGUGUUUUGGAUUUAAUGACUCACUUUUGGGUGAAUCGGGUUUAGUUGGUAUUCACGAGUUGUCCGUUAGAUUGUUAAAGAAAAUGGGAUAUAAUGUCAUUAUAGUCAACCAAAACAUGAUUCCCUUUAUACGUAAUCUCAAAAGCAAUGAACCGUUGAAAGCAAUUGUAAAUAAAAGUUUUGAUUAAUACCAGUAAUAAUUUGUAGUGAUUUUUAUUU